ACAGUAUAACCUGAUGAUGUUGGGAAUGUUAGCCUUUGAGGUGACCGUCUACAGACACCAGGAGCUCUACCGUCUCCACCGUAACGAAGUCCCGCCCCCCACCAGAACACUGUUUCAUGACAUCACUAGGCGUCACCUUGACGACGGCGUGCUGAGCUGCAUUAAGUACCUCCUGAACUAUUUCUUCUACAAGUUUGGACUGGAGACCUGCUUCCUGUUGGCUGUCAAUGUGAUUGGUCAGCGGAUGGAUCUGUUUGCUGUAGGCCAUGCCUUCGGCCUCAUCACCGUCCUAUCACGGCGCAACAGGAAGCACAUGGCCUCGGUGUGGUCCAGGUACUGCUACUUCCUGUCAGGGCUGUUGUGUUUCCAGUACGUGCUGUGUAUCGGACUCCCUCCUGCUACCUGCACAG